AUGGCGACGACUUCUCUCACCGCCGCGCCCUUCGCGCGCGCCUCGGUCCGCGCGCCUCGGCGAUCUUCGCGAUCGGCGUCGACGACGACGACGACGACGACGCGCGCGUCCGGAGAAAACAGCGCGACAAUCGCCGGCAAAAACUCCCCCGCGUUCGUCGACGCCGUGAGCGGCGAGUGGGAGGGCCACAGCGUCUACUUCGACGCCGCCGGGACCCCAAUCGCGCUCCCGAGGAACGUCGUCCCGCCCGCGUUCGCGGAGUGGGGCGUCGAGCUCGUGGACUGGCAGUCGCAGUGCGCGAUGCGCGCGGACGACGACGCGAAGGAGAUCUACGCGAGAGAGCUCCGAUUCUUACCCACGGUGGGCUGCGAAGCGGACGCGAGCACGGUCGAGAGCGCGAUUGAGCGACGCGUGGCGUUCGACGACGUGACGCCCGCGCCGCCGGGCGACGACGCGCCGGGCGGCGGGAAUGGCGUCGAGUUCGGGAGCUACAGCGCCGGCCCGGGGAGCCUGGCGGCGCGCGACGGCGAGGAGACGACGAUCGUGAUGGAACACGCGCUCGCGUUCACGACGGGCUCGGGCGAGGACGCGAAGCGAACGAGGCUGCGGCUGCGCCAGACGAUAUCCCCGGUCGACGGCGCGAUCGAGUCCAUCGUCGGGUGGAAGGAGUACUGGUACGAGCCGUUCAACGACGCGGCGUCGCUGUGCUCGAGCUGCGGCGGGCCGAACAAGUGGGGCGAGACGCUCGCGACGGAUCCGGCGGCGACGGUGUCGGGCCCCGGCUGGCGCGGCGACGACUGGCGCGGUUUGUCGGACGCCGCCGUGAUGCUCAGGGAGGGCGUCUGGAGCGAUCGCGCGGUGCUUCCGGACGGCGGCGGCGUCGUGUAUCAGAUCGGGUGGCACAUACCGGACCGGGACGCGGUGUACCUGCCGCCGUGCAGGGAGGUGGAGACGCACCUCGUGAGCGAACGAGAGUACGACGGCGACGGGAACUUCGUCGGGGCGAAGUUUAUGAAGCUGACCAGGCCGGCGCCGAAGUGAGUGAGGGUUACAGUGCGUGAUGAUGAAACGCAUCAUCUCGCGGCGGGCGUUACUUGACCUAUACGUGUACUGUAGGUUGCUUCGCGUUGCCUCUCUUUGCUUGUACUAUUACUAACGUAUUACUUCC